UGCUUGCUGGGGGACGUGCUGCUGGAGCACCAAUACUACAACCAGGUCUGGGAGCUGUCGAACCAUCGCAGCGUAUGCGCCAUGCGCUCCAAGGCCCUGCUGUACCUCUGGGCCAAGGACUUCCAGCAGUGUGUGGAGUGCUUCAAGAAGUCACUCCGCAUCACCACCAUGCAGCUUGGUGGUUCACCCUGGGCUGUGCCUACUUUGCCCUGGAGGGCUAUGAGGGAGCUGCCAGGGCCUUACAGACGUGUGUGUGGGACUGGAGCCAAAUAGGCGUGGAACAACCUCUCCACGGCCUACAUCCGCCUGAGACAGAAGACCAAGGCGUUCCACAACCUGCAGGAUGCUCUGAAGUGUAACUACGAACACUGGCAGACCUGGGAGCACUUCAUUGCUGUCUGCACCGGCGUUGGAGAGUUUGCAGAGGGACAAAUUCAAGGAUGUACAGAUUCAAGAGAUCCUGGUGCAGGCGGUGGUGGAGGACAUGAUGGAUAACCAUGGCAACCAGGCCUCGUCCCUGCGGGCCAAGAUCCAGGAGCUCCUGGGUCGCGCACGUCCCGCCAUAGCACCGACGCUGAGAUCUGUCGUCACUACGCCCUGCUGUAUGGAGACGGACAGAGCACCAGGCCUGGCGUUGCAUUUCCUGUCCAAGGCCCAUCGCUGUGAGGUGCAGGCCAGAGGCUGGGAGAAAAAGUCUGGGACCUUCAAGGAGGUUAUAAAGAGAGCCAUAGAUCUGGCCAAUGUGACCCUCGGCUGUAGUAAGAAGAAGAGUAACCCCCAGGAGUCAUUGCAGAUGUUGUUCUCCAUUCAUCUUGCCACCAAAGCGAAGCCACUGCACGCAGAUGUCGCAACUGGCGAGAUCCAUGGCGACCUGAGUGAUGAUGUCAAAAGAGCUUGAGCAGCUUAUCACGGAGCUGCGCAGAGAAUCAGCAUGAAUGCCUCGCUAUAGACACACCUCGAAGGACUCUGAAGACAUUCCUACAGCAGACUUGUCCCAGAGCAGACAUGGCUACAAGGGACGCUGUCAGGGGACCUGCACCCAUCACCCUCUUCCUUGCCAAGGGGACUUUACAUGCUUUUACAGUUCAUGUGACUGUUAAGAAAAGGAAUGACGUAACUGGAUACAUUUGUAUGUACAAAGUGUAAUUUUGUAUAGUUCCCCCUUGAGGUAUGUGCUAUUUGUUGUGUAAAGCAUGGUUGAGGAAUUGCUAGCUCAAUCAUGUUAUGAACUCUACGGAAUCUGAAGAAAUCACAAAAUGUGUACAAUCGUACAUUGUACAAAGAUGAAACUUUAUGAUCAUAGAACCACGCUUGCCUUAUUGUUAGUAUGUACUAGUCAUAAUCCACUCCCCCAGGCGCAGUGAUAGCUUUGCAGAUGAGAAAUGUAAGCAUGUGGGCCAAAUAUAAGAGCAAUGCAGACGCACAACAGGAGAGUGUGGACACACACACUCAUCACCAGGGAAGCAGCGGGCCAUGAAAGUGUCAUCUCGACUCGCUCACACAGAACAGACACCAUGGUCGAAGAACAGACUGCACAGCUAACUCAUCAUCAUGCUCAGGGGCUACAGACAGAGAUCCUACACUCUUCUCCUCUUGGGUUUUCUCUCCAAAAGGAAAAUGACCUUGACAUUGCCUUUGUUUUAUCAUACUUAUUGUUGUAUUGCUAUCGUACAGGUUUUUUCUUUGCCUAUGCCUUUGUCAAGGACUGUCUCUGCCUUGCUUUGAAGUAAAGUCCCACAGUGUGGGUGACUGACAAAGGAGGAAAUGGCUUUUAUACGAGUAGAUAUGUACAUGUGUUAUGUCACAGCUGUAGUCCUCUUUCAUGAAUGUUGUUAAGUCUUUUUCCGAUUUGGUGAUCAUUUCUGGAUUGGGGAGGAAGUGUGCAUCACCCUUAAGUAUACUGUAUGCAUACCUUCCAUCUUUUCCACAGUUUUGGAUCACACAACUUGUUUGCAUACCAAACCACUCGAUCAGAACCAGAUUUCUGGCCCAAAAUGUCAGUAAUUAAUAAAAAUGUGAAAUAA